AUGUCGGACACUGCAGCUGAUCAGGACAAACAUACCCAGCCGUCUGAGGAUGGCCAAGACGAUGACGAUAAUCAAGACGACAACCACCCUCGCAAGCGCCAAAGGGUGAGACUCUCCUGUUUGGAAUGCCGGCGUCGCAAGCUGUCCUGUUCCCGAGACUUGCCGUGUGAUCGUUGUAUCAAAUCAGGCACUCCAGAAAGAUGCAAUUAUGAGACUCGGCCUGGUAGCGCAACUAUCGGCCCGAACAUAUCUUCAGUCGGUCCUGGCAGUAUUUCUAAUGUCGUUGAUAUCGGAAGUCGAACUAUUCCCAUCGACCUAAGCCGCGGAGGUGUAGGACGGGACAUUAAUGCCAACAUACUCAAGGAUGCCGCCAAGGACCACGACCGUAUCCGCAAGCUUGAACUUGAGGUUGCACAGCUCAGAAGUGCACUGUCCAAGCAAACAUCUGUUGAUGGUACGACCAUAGCUGCGACUCCAUCUACAGCGAAGGAUGGACUUGCUAAAGACAGCCCACUCGACAUCCCGAUGCCUUCCUUCCUUCAACGAUGCAAACGUGGUGACGGACUUGACUUCAAGUUCGUCAGAGGCCAUAACUUCAAGACCAGGUUUUUCGGCCCUCACAACGCCUGGUCGUCAUUCAAAGAACUGACUGGCCUCACUCCUUUCAUGAGGGAAACGGCAGAGGAAUGGCUCCGGCCCUUGAAUAUCACGCGGAAGGAUCGCAAGAGGAGAAGGGAAGAUCGUCAGAAAUUAUUUGAAGCGCCAGAUCCUGACUUAGAAGGGUUACUGCCGUCAAGAGAAGAAACAGACUCUCUAGUAAAUGUCUACUUGGACCAAUUCGAGCAAUUGCAUCGUAUCAUCCAUGUACCUACUUUCAGAAAGGAGUAUGAGAGGUUUUGGGAUCCCAACCAGCCAAGGCAUGCAGUAUUUACUGCGUUGUUGUUGGCGAUGCUGGCGACCUCUAGUUGUAUGGACAUGCAAGCAACCUCAAAGUUUAUUGGCGUCAAAUCCAAUGGCUUUCAAACAGCUGAAAAGUGGACGAAAGCUUGUGACGUAUGGUUCGACAAGCAAAGUCACAAACAUAGAAACAUGAUCCACUAUCAAAUCAUGUGCAUGUUGUACCUGGCAAAACGGGCCAACGUCAUUAAGAAGAAGAGGUAUUGGACAAACGCUGGUUCUUUGAUCAGGGAUGGCAUCAUAGUCGGUCUUCACCAUGAUGGCGAUCAGGUCUCGAGCAAGAUCACUCCCUACUACCGAGAGAUGCGCAGACGAAUCUGGGCCACAAUGAUGGAGUUCGACCUUCAAGCAUCCUUUGACCAAGGAGUCCCAACCCUACUAAGCCAAAUUUCUAUUGACGCCAAAGCUCCACGGAACAUUGACGAUGAUGAUUUCGAGAUGGAGAGCGAGGAGCUUCCUCCUUCCAAAGAUUCCACCGAGUACACAUACGCAUCAUACCAGCACCUUGCUAGGCAAAGUCUUCAGACAAGAUUAGAGCUCAACCGUGUGAUGACUGGACCCGCUGCAGACCUGGAUUGGGAUCGUGUCAAUCGGUACACGGAAAUGAUCACAAACGAAAUCGAUGCCUUGCCGCCUUGGGACAGCGAAGAGUGCAACAAAACAAACGAUUCCCGAAAACCGGUGUUGGCACACGCUUUAUUACACAUACAGCUGCGACAGUAUCUGAUUCCACUCCACCAACCAUACCUGAAGCUUAGACAACACAACUCGAAGUAUUCGGUAGCCGAAUUCAUUUAUUACACGGCUGCCCGGGAUAUUGUGAUGAUGCAUGAACGUUUAUUUUCGAAGGGCAUCAGGACGCUAUACUUUCUACGCGAAGAUAUCAUGCACGCUGCUGUCAGUCUCUGUAGUGUUACUCUUCAUCAGCCACGAGAUUCUACUACCGUAAUCAUGUCGAACUCAGCGGAGACACUAAAGCUGAUAGAGAAGUGCAUCGGUAUCAAAGAAGAUCGCGUCCUUCGGUGCGGUAACAACGACCCAUGGGGCUACUCGUCGAUGUGUGCAGCCCUCGGCCUUCUCGAAACCCAUCUGGGUAAGAAGACGUUCGAAAACGCUAAGGCUUCGGCGGCAGAACGCUUCAUUAGCCUGCAUUACAAGCUGCUGGCAUAUCAAAUACCUCCCUUCUCAAACAACCUGGACAACGAUGCCACGACAGGCGGCGCGCUCAGAGGGCAGGAAGCCGUGAGCCAAGCCAAGCCGGCGGCGCCGUUCGAUCCAACAGAUAGAUCCGGGAUUGCAGCAGCACAAAUACAAAUGCAGCUAGGAGCUACACCGUUUCAUCGAGAAGGGCUACCGCUCUCAAUGCCUUGGUUGCUGCCACAUACCAAUCUGACACAAGGUCAGGUCAUGGCACCUAAUCCAGAGCUCAACUCAAGUCUGGAAAUGAUUGGAAUGGAUUUGAACGAUCUAUGGAGUGGUAGUGACUGGACUGGUACGGACUUCAUGUAG